AUGGGUCUAUGCUCAGCUCAACUGACUGUAACAUGCUUGUUCUUCAUAGUAGUACCUCAUGUUCUGUCCCAAGUUGCAGAGUUUGUAAGUAUAGAUUGUGGUGGCUCAAGUAACUACACGGACCCGAGAACUGGACUAGGAUGGGUUUCAGAUUCAGAGAUCAUCAAACACGGAAAGCCAGUUACUUUGGCCAGUACCAAUGGGAACUCGAUGCAGUACAGUAAGAGAAGAGAUUUUCCAACGGAUGACAAGAAGUAUUGUUACAGACUCAGCACCAAAGAGAGGAGGAGAUACAUUGUCAGGACAACAUUUUUCUACGGUAGCUUGAGUAGUGAAGAAGCAAACCCAAAGUUUCAACUCUACUUAGAUGCAACGAAAUGGGCCACAGUGAUGAUUCAGGAGGGCUCUAGGGUUUAUGUUGAGGAAUUGAUCGUGAGGGCAACUUCAGGUUAUGUGGAUGUCUGUGUAUGCUGUGCUCUCACCGGCUCUCCUUUCAUGUCCACUCUCGAGCUUCGACCGUUGAACCUUUCGAUGUAUGCCACUGAUUACGAGGAUAAUUUCUUCUUGAAGGUUGCUGCCAGAGUGAAUUUCGGUGCUCCAAGCAUGGAUGCCUUGAGGUACCCAGAUGAUCCAUAUGACAGAAUCUGGGAGUCAGAUGUUAAUAAACGGCAAAACUUUCUUGUUGGUGUGGCUCCUGGAACGAUACGAGUCAAUACAUCAAAGACUAUAAAUACUUUGACUAGAGAGUAUCCGCCUAUGAAAGUCAUGCAAACAGCAGUAGUUGGAACGCAAGGACUGAUCAGCUAUAGAUUAAACCUGGAAGACUUCCCUGCCAAUGCUCGGGCGUAUGCUUACUUUGCUGAAAUUCAAGACCUUGGUGCUAAUGAAACCCGGAAGUUUAAGCUGGUGCAACCAUACUUCCCUGAUUAUAGCAAUGCGGUGGUGAAUAUUGCUGAGAAUGCCAAUGGGAGCUAUACUCUCUAUGAACCAAGCUACAUGAAUGUGACUUUUGAUUUUGUUCUGUCAUUCUCGUUUGGGAAGACAAAGGAUUCUACACGAGGGCCACUCCUAAACGCAAUUGAAAUCAGCAAGUAUCUUCAAAUAUCCAGGAAAACUGAUAGGAAUGAUGUGUCUGUUCUUGAUGCAAUUCGUUCGUUGUCCCCUGAUAGCGACUGGGCCAAUGAAGGCGGAGACCCUUGUAUCCCAGUUCUUUGGUCGUGGGUAAACUGUAGCUCAACCUCACCACCUAGAGUCACGAAACUUGCUCUAUCAAGCAAAAAUCUGAGAGGUGAGAUUCUGCCUGGGAUCAAUUAUAUGGAGGCAUUGACUGAGCUGUGGCUGGACGGUAAUGGUUUGACUGGUGUCCUUCCAGACAUGAGCAAACUUGUCAAUCUGAAAAUCAUGCAUCUAGAAAACAACCAACUUAGUGGCUCACUCCCACCAUACCUUGCCCAUCUGCCUAACCUGCAAGAACUGUAUAGUAAUAAUCCUGAGCUUCAGAACGAGGUACAGCAAAAGCACUUUAGGCUGAUACUGGGAAUAUCAAUAGCUGCUGUCGCAAUCCUAUUGCUGCUACUCGGGGGAAGUCUUGUUUUACUAUGUGCCCGUCGAAAGACAAAAAGCGCUGGUGAUACCACGGGGACUAAGAAGAAAGGUUUGUCAGCUUAUGCCGCUGUGCGUGGCGGACACUUAUUAGAUGAAGGUGUAGCAUAUUUCAUAUCGCUUCAUGUGCUCGAAGAGGCCACCGAGAAUUUUUCAAAGAGAGUUGGAAAAGGAAGCUUUGGGUCUGUCUACUAUGGUAGGAUGAAAGAUGGGAAAGAAAUUGCAGUCAAGAUAACGGCGGAUCCUUCUAGCUACCUGAACAGGCAAUUUGUGACUGAGGCAAGAUCACUGAUCCGUAAAGGAGACGUGUAUGGGAUCAUAGAUCCAUGUAUAUUAGGCAACGUGAAGAUCGAGUCGAUCUGGAGAGUAGCAGAGGUCGCGAACCAAUGCGUUGAGCAGCGUGGGCAUGCGAGGCCAAGGAUGCAGGAAGUGAUAGUGGCGAUACAGGACGCGGUUAGGAUCGAGAGAGGAGGAAACGAGAACGGGCUAAAGUCAUCGUCUUCGAGCGGCUCGAAGGCGCAGUCAUCCCGUAAGACCUUGCUCACCAGCUUCCUCGAGAUAGAGAGCCCUGACAUCUCGAGAAACAGCUUAGCUCCAGCUGCUAGGUGA